AUGGAUCUAACGGAUCCAGAUCCAGAUAGGUGGUUUACGGAUCCAGCAGAUCCGGAUAGCUGUUUCACGGAUCAUGCGCAUCAGCCGCUUGCUUUAGAUCUAUACAUUCCUUCGUCUCGUGAUUGUUGUGAAAACUCGAGUUUUAAUCCUCUCCCUUCUAAGAUCUUUGAGAGCAAGGCAUUGGUUUGGCUCAAGAUACAGUUUCAAGAUGGUGUCAGCAUUGAUGUGAAACGUGGUGUUUCUCUUCCCAAGCUUAAGACCCUCCACCUUGAUUAUUUCAAGAUAGAACCGAGUAAGUUUAACAAGCUUCUUUCUGGCUGCCAUGCGCUUGAAGAGUUAGUGCUGAUCAAUUUGAUGUGGGCUGAUUCCUCGGGAUAUAAAGUUUGCCCUGUCACAGUGUCUAUCCCAACCCUCAAGAGACUAAAGUUUUGUCGUUCUGAAGAUUUCUAUGAGGGUAAAUUUCAUGAGUAUGAAGACUAUGAUGAGGAGAACAUUAAAAAGGGAGUGUCAUUGUCGUUUGAUAAUCCGAAUUUGGUGUACCUUGAAUAUUCUGAUGUUAUUGUGGACAAGUAUAAACAAGUGAGAUUUGACUCGCUUGUAGAAGCUAAUCUAGGACUUCGAAAGAAUCAGGCUGAACCAGACAAGAUUAAUGUAACAAAGCUUCUCAUGGGACUACACAAUGUUAAGAUCCUCUACUUGUCUAAUGACAUUCUUGAGGUACUUGCUUGCUGCCGAGAAAGAAUACCGGUAUUCGACAAUCUACUCGAGUUAACUAUUAAGACUACACCAUAUGUAGGAUGGAAAUCAUUGCAACCUCUACUCAAGAGUUAUCCAAGUCUAGAAACAUUGGUCUUCGAAGUACUUUACACAGCCUUUAGAUCAACUGUUGAAACGUUUUUAAGCAUACAAUUUGAUUAUGAAACUGACUCUGUUAUGUUUCAGGGAUUGCAUCACAAGUAUACAAAGAAAUGUGGGGACAAGGACGGAUGUUUGUGCAAAUAUGAGAAUGAUUUGGGGGCAAAGAAGAAGAAUGUUCGUACUUGCUUAACAUCAAGUCCUGUGAAAGUUCUAAAGAUAUUGAAGUUUGGUGAAACUUUUGAGGAUGAGGAUGAGGAUGGUCUUGAUGUUGAUCAUGAUGACUAUGAUGAUGAAGAUGAUGUGUCUUGUGAUGAAGAUGUGAUGAAAGUAUUCAAGAAACUGCAGAAGCUUCCUCGAGUAGCUUCAGCCAAGUGUGAGGUCCAAAUAAAAUCAAAGAACCUUAGCUUGUCAUCUACUUCGACUAAACGAGGUACUCUUCUUUAGAAGAUUCUUCUUGUGGUAUCUCAGCCAUGGAUAAUGUCUCAGGCUAAACUCAAUCCAAGAUUCUCUUGUUUCUGCCUUUUGUUCUUUCCUUUACUGACUUGGUUUAAUGUUUUUUUUUUCCUUUUGAUUGAGAAUGUUGGUAUCUUUUGUUUGUCUCUCUUCUCUUCCUUCUAAGAAAAUUAGCACUCGUUUGUUGCCUUUCUUGUACCAAUCGCAUUUUGCUAUGAACAUCAGAAGUAAUUGACUGGACUUGCUUUGCUCACCAGAAUUCUUCCUCAGCCGAUCAGAAUCGAAGCACUCUUCAGAGAGACUAUCAAACAUGACAGGGACUCCAAAUCUACAUACUUCAAGUGAAUCAACUGCAACAACUUGAAAUCAAACGACCAAAGUGAACCAUCGCUUAGUUUAAUCCAAUAUGGGUAAGCGUGGAUUUACCAACAAUUGGACGAAGAAUCAAGUACACAACUAACAAACACCCGUCAAACCCCCAUGAUUAAAUACUUCAACAACAUCUAAGUGUUGAUUUGAAGAUAAACCGACAAGAAGUCGGAGAUAGAUCCGAACGAAGUCGGAAAGCUAAAACAUAGAACAAAAUCUAAAAAAUCCUAUUAGCAAAGGAUAAGAACAAGAUUUAGAGUUUUCUCUCUCUAAAAGAUUUGAGAAAGUGAAGAGAGAGAAAACUCUUUUUAUUUUAUUUUAAUAAAUUCUAGAAAGUUAACAAAUG